AAGUGACACUCCGCUUCUGCCUGGUGCCGGCAAUCAGUUUAUCGCUAAUGUCAUCGAACAGGUCGACUUGGAUUCAAGUUGGCUCUGAUGAAUGUCUAGAGUGUAAAUGUGUCUAUUCAGCAAAUCUCAGUGCAUAAUUUUAGUGUAAGGGAACCCACCCUUCCUCCUAAACUCCUCGGUUCCUUUUCUGUGUCAUCAUUCCUGCGUUUUGGUCAUUAUGAUCGCUUGGCUGCGAUGUAUUUCGGUUGUGACGUUGUGUGCUGGCAUAACUGGCGGUCAUCUCAUUCCUUUUGACACCGAACAAGUAUUUGACUUGAAAAAUGUGGUUGAAUUGCGUGAUUUUAGCGAAGAUGCGCAUAAAAUUUCCUACGUGACAUCUGGUCAGCUUACAGUUCGUUCAGUUUGGAACUUAAAUGAGAAACAGCUUCUGAGCUUUGAGCUGAGCUCAUUGAGCUUGAAGCCUUCUAAAAAUAAUAACUUCGGAAGCAAAGAAUUUUCUUCCUUGGAGGAAAAGCCUUUCUACGUUCUUUUUAUCGCGAAUAUUCCACGCACUUUCUAUUCUGAUAUAACAUCGAAUAUUUCACAGAGGAACUUACAAAAAGGCAUUGCUAGCUUAUUUUACCUAAGCUAUCGAGAUGACACGACAGUUGAGGAAGACGUAUUGGGAAACUGCACUGCGGUUUAUAAACGGUUUUCCUCGAAAAAAAUAAAGAAGACUAAAUCGAAUUGUAAUAAAUGGUCGCACGUAUUGCACCGUAGAUUGGAGAAGGUGUUAGAUGUUGCUAAGGAAUCCUACCACGAAAUAGAUUACGGCCUGUCGGAAGAAGGAGGUCUCGAAACGGUUUCUUCAUUCGAACGUCACACUUUUCGAGUGGCAAUGACUGAACAUUUAGGAAGCUGGGUUGAUGCACUCACAACCAUACGGCACAUGAAGUCACACAAAUUAGAUAAGGGACUUUAUGAUAUAACUCCGGAUAAACUGGCAUCUGAAAUCAAAGGAAGCAACCUUGUAGCCGAGAGUGAGCGCAACUCCCCAUCCCAGAAGGGUCCAUCGCUGAAGGAAUUUUUGAACCCUUUCAGAAAAAAGUUGAUUAACCAAGAGCUUGGCAAUAAGGAUGACAGCGGAAUUUUUAUUGAAUUGUUGCCUGCAUUCAGACGUGCUUCAAAAAAACAGCUGAAGCAACUGUUCAUUUCAUCUGAAAAUAAAGAUAUUAUAAAUACUCUUUUAGAUUUGCUAGGGGCAGCCCAAUCGGAAGCUGGGUACGAUGCUGUUAUGUCUGUAUAUGAUUUUGAAAACGGCGAAAAUUUCGACCGCCUUGAGAAAUAUUUGCAAUGCUUGGCAAUAGGAACUCGACCCAAUAAAUACAUAAUUGAAAGUUUAUUCCAAAAAGUGAUUGGUGGCGAAAUUCCAGAUGAGAGACUUAAGGAGACUGCCCUCCUUUCAGUAUGUUCAAUGGUACGCCAAUUGAAACAGUUCUUCCCCGAAGAGGAUCAAGUGUAUGUCGAAGUUAAAACUCAUGUCCUAAAUAGCUUAGAUAAUUGCCGUGACAGUAGAUGUAAGUCUACUUAUAUUCGAUGUCUGCAAAAUUUGCUUGACUCAUCCACGAUAUCAAAACUGUUGAGCAUUGCUUUAACGGAUACGCCGAACCCUUCAGUCGCGGCUAUGAAAGCGCUGAGAGCAUUUGAUAUUAAUAUUUUUCUUGAACGAAACCGUAAAGAUUUCGAAAAGAUUUUCUAUCAACAUGGCCGAAAAUUCGACUCCAGCGCAAGGACUCUUUCUCUUGACAUUUUACUGGAUAUGGGUCCAAGCGAAGAACAGCUCGGGGAACUGCUUGAAAUUUUACCUCGUAAAGGAGAAUCGUCCGAAAUAAAAACUUAUUUUCUACAGAAACUUAAGAUACUAUCAGAUCGUUGCCCGAAAUUUUCCAAUAAAUUGCGAAGGGUGUUAAGUGGUCGCAAGCAUAUAUUUAAUUAUGACGUAUUUGCGCCGAAUGGUUUGACGACUGUUCUGGAACGAAUGUUCUCUACAUCAGCUUUGUUCAAUGGGUCAUUGAUUAGCACGCAGGAAGUGCAUAGAGGAAUCUUGAAACGCGGAUUGGUUGAAAUGGAAAUUUCCAGCGGCAACGAAGCUGCCCGCAUCUUCUCGCUAGCAUUAUACACGUGUGGGCUUUGGUCAAUAAUCGGAUCAGAUUCCGAAGACGGCAACUUAAAUGAAGAUGAUCUGUCUGACGAAACAGCAGUAACAGCUGGAAUGGAGAUAACUGUUCUGGGGAGUCGAAUGCGACCAUUGGUUUUCUUUACGGGCAACGCAGAAUUAAUGAGCCAUGCCUGGAGCGGUACUGCUUCGGAACCAACUUCCGCUUAUCAAAGUACUCUUCUUAUCCAUGAUCAUGAAGCAUACGUUGUACUCCACAAUGGGUUUAGUAUCCAUUUGGAAUUGUCGAGCGCUAAUUCGGUGGAUUUAUUUGGGAAUGUGGAGUUGAGUUUAUGGAAUAGGAAUGCGCGUACAAAAAUACACAAAAAUUCUGGAUGGACCGUUUCUGGAACCACUUCUAUAUUGAAUCCAUUCAAGAAAUUCAAACACACAUUCUCAGCCACAACGAGUCCGAAUAUAGCUUUAGUGGCAGACGUUGACUUUUAUUCGACUUUAAAACUUUGUAUUCAACUGGAUCGGGUUGAGGACAAUGUCAAGGUUUCGUCGAACUUGUCAUCAAUUUCUGCUGAUAACAAAGAGCUGAUUGAAAAUUCUACGAAUUCUGAGUGGAAAUCACCAGGUUUUACCAUGGCUUUAAACCAAAAAAAUAAUGAAAUGUGUAACAUUCUUUUGGAAUAGGUGACAAUUUUUUAUUGCCUGUUUAUGAAUGUAAGAAUCUCCGCUUAUAUGUUUUUAAGCUCCAGAAUGCUCAUUUACAUUGUUGUUGUAAUACUAUUAGAAAAUAAAGUGUAUAUUCAUUCUUUUA